GCUCCAGCACUCUCCGCUCUCGUUUCAAAGCGCGCUCUCCCUUCCAGGUUGGGUCGGACCUGAACCCCUAAAACCGGAACCGCCUCCCGCCCUCUCGCCAACAGCCCGCCCGGAGCUGAGUCGCCGGCGGCGGUGGCGGCGGACGGACCGGGGAGUUUCCUCUCGCAUUGGAUGGAGCUGAACUUUGCGCGGCCAGAGCAGCGCGGCCGUCCGGGGAUCGCUGCAUGCUGAGCUCCCUCGGCGAGACCCAGCGGCAGCUCUGGAUUUUCGGGGGGGCGGGGACCAGCUGCGCGCCGGCACCAUGUUCUUGGCGACCCUGUACUUCGUACUGCCGCUUCUGGACGUGCUCCUGUCGGCCGAGGUCAGCGGCGAGGACCGCCUGGACUGCGUGAAAGCCAGCGAUCAGUGCUUGAAGGAGCAGAGCUGCAGCACCAAGUACCGCACGCUCAGGCAGUGCGUGGCGGGCAAGGAGACCAACUUCAGCUUGACCUCGGGCCUGGAGGCCAAGGACGAGUGCCGCAGCGCCAUGGAGGCCCUCAAGCAGAAGUCGCUUUACAACUGCCGCUGCAAGCGGGGUAUGAAGAAGGAGAAGAACUGUCUGCGCAUCUACUGGAGCAUGUACCAGAGCCUGCAGGGAAAUGAUCUGCUUGAAGAUUCCCCAUAUGAACCAGUUAACAGCAGAUUGUCUGAUAUAUUCCGGGUAGUCCCAUUCAUACCAGAUGUUUUCCAGCAAGUGGAGCACAUCCCGAAAGGGAACAACUGCCUGGAUGCCGCCAAGGCCUGCAACCUGGACGACACCUGUAAGAAGUACAGGUCCGCCUACAUCACACCGUGCACCACCAGCAUGUCCAACGAUGUAUGCAACCGGCGCAAGUGCCACAAGGCCCUUCGGCAGUUCUUCGACAAGGUCCCGGCCAAGCACAGCUACGGGAUGCUCUUCUGCUCCUGCCGGGACAUCGCCUGCACCGAGCGGAGACGGCAGACCAUCGUGCCGGUGUGCUCCUACGAGGAGAGGGAGAAGCCCAACUGCUUGAAUUUGCAGGACUCCUGCAAGACGAAUUACAUCUGCAGAUCUCGCCUGGCGGAUUUUUUUACCAACUGCCAGCCGGAGUCAAGGUCUGUCAGCAGCUGUCUAAAGGAAAACUACGCUGACUGCCUCCUCGCCUACUCGGGGCUUAUUGGUACAGUCAUGACCCCCAACUACAUAGACUCCAGUAGCCUCAGUGUGGCCCCCUGGUGUGACUGCAACAACAGUGGAAACGACCUGGAGGAGUGCUUGAAAUUUCUGAAUUUCUUCAAGGACAACACAUGUCUUAAAAAUGCAAUUCAAGCCUUUGGCAAUGGCUCAGAUGUGACCGUGUGGCAGCCAGCCCUUCCAGUUCAGACCACCACUGCCACCACCACCACAGCCUUCCAGGUCAAGAACAAGCCCCUCGGGCCAGCAGGCUCUGAGAAUGAAAUCCCCACUCAUGUUUUACCACCUUGUGCAAAUUUACAGGCACAGAAGCUGAAAUCCAAUAUGUCGGGCAGUCCACACCUCUGUCUUUCUGAUCAUGAUUACGAAAAGGAUGGUCUUGCUGGGGCUUCCAGCCACAUAACCACAAAAUCAAUGGCUGCUCCUCCAAGCUGCGGUCUGAGCCCACUGCUGGUCCUGGUGGUAACUGCCCUGUCCACCCUAUUAUCUUUAUCUUUGGCUGACACAUCGUAGCUGCAUUUAAAAAACGACAUGGACAUGUAAAAAGACAAAAACCAAGUUAUCUGUU